AUGGAAACACCAUCCAACAUUCUCAGGAGAUCAAUCUUUACUUUUCUGCAGAAGUACCACUACUUCACCACCAUUGCCACAUUCUUAGCUUUCCCAUUUGCAGCCUCAACUCUGUUGCUGCAAUCUUUGCUCCCCUCCCAAAUCCCAAUAAUCCAUUCUCUUCUUCCUUCUUCUUCAAUACUUUUCUCCAUCCUCCAUACAAAGCUUUCUCACACCAUAGCCAUAUCUGUUCUUGCAUUCCCUUCCACCCUUUCCUCCUUUCUCUUCUGCAAAGCCUCUGUGAUUCAUGCGCUGAUGAUGAGCACCAAUCAAGAAUGCCCAUGGCCAUCUUUUUCUUGUCUUUUCAAACUUCACAUCCCUUUGAUUCAUACCCAAAUCUGCAACUCCUUAUUCACCCUCUCUUCCCUAUUCAUUGCCUUCAAUCUGGCAGAUUAUGGAUUGGGCCUUUCUUCCCUGUUUUUUUCCGCCAUUGGAGCUCUGGUUUUCUCCUUAAUCUGCAACCUGGCAUUGAUUCUAUCAGCAACCCAGAAAAGGGGAGGCUUUACUGCACUUCUUAAGGCUUGUGUUCUGAUCAAGACAAGGAUUGCCACAGCACUAUCAUUAGCCCUCCCAAUCAACGCCACCAUGGCUGCAGUUGAAGCUCUGUUCCAAUACAGAGUUGUGAGGGCUUAUCAUGAUGAUGGGGUUUUCUCAGCUGCUUUGGAGGGGUUGUUCAUUGCAUAUCUGUACGCUCUUCUCAUCGUACUCGACACCAUUGUUGCCUACUUUUUCUUCACAACUUGUGAGGAACACAAAGAUGGAAGGAAGAAGAUUGCCCAAGAUCAAUCCUUAGCUUGCAGCUGCAGGAGUAUAAAGAUUGUUGAAGGCCUUCCCUGGUGA